AUGAGAUAUCGCAAAAACUUUAUGAGAAAAAAUGAAAAUGAACCAAGAUCACCAGACCAAAGUGAUUUAGAAGCGAUAUCUUCCAUUGCGUCCACAGAAGUUCCCGUUGCACGGACCAAGAACACUAAUACGCUAAUUAGACUAAAUAUUGACGAAGCAAUAUCUCUCCACAAUGACAAUAGAUACAAGGAAGCUUUUCCUCAUUUUCUAAGGCUGGCAAACAGAGGCGACUUUAAAGCUGCAUAUUAUGCUGGGCUUUAUUUCUACGUAGGCUAUGGAAUUGAUAAAGAUGAAAUCAAAGCUUUAUUAUAUCUUGAAAAAUCUGCUCAAUGUGAUUAUGCACGUGGUCAAUACCUGUAUGCACAUGCUUGUCUCAAAGGAACUUAUUAUUCUAAGGAUGAAGGAAUAAAGUAUCUCAAAAAAGCCGCAUUAGAAAACGAUCCCGAUGCUCUUUACAUGUUUUCUCAAUUAUAUCUUCUGGGAGAACAUGGUUAUCCUGAGAAUAAUGAAAAAUAUAAUUAUUAUUUAAAAAUGGCGGCGGAAAAUGGGUCUAAGGAGGCUCAACAAGAACUUG